AUGCCGCACUCAUCGCGUAACAAACGCCCCACACAUCAGAAACGUCAGCAGGUGACCGACAACGACGGCUGGACACAUGUCACAAACAGCAGCAAUGCUCGGCGAGUGUUCCGGUCAACGGCCCAUGUGAAGAAACAGGAUGGUGCUCAGCAAACAGAUCACAAUGCGCAAGAAUCUGAACCCACUCUCGGUCCCGCCGAGGCACCUGCUCGUCUUACUCUGGCUGAACUGGAGUCCCAGUAUAGAGCGCAUCGAGAGCAAUGGAUCACUUCAGUUACUUGGAAAGCACUGAAGGCGGAUCUCAACACAUAUAUCUUGGGUACCCGGGUUGUGCCUCAGGGCAAUGAAGGUUUCGAUCAGCUCGACCCGGAAAGUCCUGGGCUUGCAGUCGAGAACAUUGUGUGCAUUGGUCUCGGAAGCCCGAGUGGCUUCUUGCGAGGGGGAUGGGUUGAUCGACGCAGUGUCUCGAUGUAUCAGCUCGCUGCGCUGGAGUGCCUCAAGAACCAGCUUUCCGGGUCAGGAUCAUUAUCGGUCUAUGCGCAGGACCCAGUCUUCAAUAAGCUGGACCGAGACCUUCUGGAGUCGCUAGGGAUGACUAUUGUCGAGCACCCAGCGGCGUUUGGGUUGAUCACUCGUAACACUCUGCUGUUCUGCCCAGGGGCGGAGAGGCAACAUUUGGACCUCGUUCUUCCUUCUAAUCCGCAAUGCCUUUUUGGCGGGCCACUGGAAAAUACCGAGUCAGACAUCAUUCAGUCAUUUGUGGGGAGAGUAGGGUCACGGUCCCUUGUGCCGUUCGAGGUGAACGAGCACGCCUUUUGGAAAACCAGGCUAUAUUAUCGGCGGGAAGAUGAGGAUCCAAGUUCUUGA